GGCUAUUUUCCUGAAUUUUUGGAAAACAAACGUUUAUGAAGUAUAAACUUUAAACAGACAGGCUUUUUAGGGUAAGGUGUUAUAAUGAAUGAGAAACCCGUCGAAACUGAUAAAACGCAGCUACAAGAAACAACAAACCCCAGGCGACCCGUAGAACAUUCAACAAAUGAAAAUGAACAAACUGUUAAACCUGUUGAAAUUCCAAAUGAGACAGAAACCAAACCAAUUGUUAAACAGAAACUUUAUCGUAAACCUUCAGUAAAGAGGAAAUGUGUAACACCAAAAGUGAACUGCCCAGAAAAAAUAAUACUUUGUAUUGAUCAUUCUGCAAUUAUGUUCACAAACAAAUUCAAACGAACCGUUCAAUCCAUGAAACAACAAGCUGUGUUCCAAGUUUUAACUGGAGCUGUCCGUAACUUUAUAAAAACCAAGUCAUUUAUUGACAGUCGGCAUCAGUUUGCAUUGGUUCUGCUCAAUCAAACUCCACAAUUGAUUGUUGACUUCCAACCAUCAGGGCAAGAUGUUAUGUUUAUGUUGAAAGACAUUGGGACACAAUUCAACGAAUCGGAGAUGGUUGAAGUUGAUGAUGAAGUGUUUAACUUAUCAACGUUAUUUGACCAAGUUGAAAAUAUGGUGAAUUUACCAUCAGUGAAACAUCCAGAUAAACCUGGACCUCCCCCUUAUGUUGUGAGGAUGAUAUUUGUAUUUGGGAGAUCAAGCUCAGCAUUAAAGUUUUGUGAGAAUGAUGAGAGCUUCCAGAAGUUAAAUUCGAAUCCAUAUUUCUUUUGUGAUUGUGUUUAUAUUCAUGAGGAACCAAAUGAUGGAAACUGUGUCACGGACAAUUUCAUGCAAGUUUGUGAGUUGGACAAAAAUGGGACGUCGUUUAUAUACGAAGUUGGUACAGAUGGGAGUAUGUCUUCUUUAUAUAAUGCAUUCGCAAAUCUGUUGGCCCAUCCACUACAAAGGCAAAGAGACAUCAAUGUCAACAAUCAUGAUAUUUUACUAAGUCCGGAAUAAUUUCUUCUCCUGGUUUUAAAUUAGCAUUUUUCUAUUCGUCCAAAGUGUUUCUAAAACACUCGUACUGCACUAGACUGGUGGCAUUGAUGCGCCACUUUUUUCUGCUGAAGUAACAAACAACGUUGUGGAAAUUGCUGCGGCAAUUGUUUAAUGCCAUGGUGAAUUCCAUAGACUGCUGAAGGUAUGCGUGUUCAGUUUAUAUGUAAACAUAUGCAGUUCAACUUCUUAAAUAUUUCAAAUAAAUAAAUAUAUUGUAUAGUUAUUCCCCUUUAAAAUGUACCCAACAAUAUCAUGGUAUAAAACUUUUAUUUUGUAAAAUCUCACAACAUCUGCCUAAAUACAAAGGACAACAUUACACAAAAUUAUCUAAUACACAUCAUAUGCUGUUGGAAUCGG